AUGUCUAAGACAAAGAAUGGACAAUCAGAUUGCACUUCGCCACCACAGGAAACUGAACAGUUGCCUAGAGGACAAUCCACACUUCCAGAUGUCUCUUCUUCACAAAAGGGAGAUGCUGACCUUGUACAAGUCAAUGCUGGCUGCUCACUGAGCACCAAGUCCAAGUCCAAGAAAACCUCACCAACCAAGAUCUGGUCUCAGCAAGAUAUUGAUUGGGUUGACUCCAUAAUAUCAUCAGACAAGGACCUGAAAUGUUAUCCACGCCGACAUUUUGGUAAAUUAGAGAAAACCCAGAGAGAAAAGUUCAGAAAGAAAUCUAUUCCAGAUCAGUUCAUGGUGAAUAAGAAGAAAAGGGCUCAAAAGAUUAUUGAAUCAAGUAAAGGUAAUAGUACAUUUUUAACUUCUAUAUCUAAUCAAGAUGUGAUUAAGGAUUAUGAGAAAGAGAGGCGCAAGUUAAUUGGACUUGAAUUACAUGCGAUUACUCUGACUGAAUAUUAUCGGGCAAAACGUAUUCCAAGAGGUCUGCGUGUCAGUCUGCGCCCCACUAUAUUUAAUGACAAUUUAGAGUUUGCAAAGAAAUAUGAACAAAUAGUAAAUAAAUGUUCGUUUGAUAUAAUUCUAUUGAAUAUUGAGUACUUACAGAGAGAAGUUAUGGAGACAAAACAACGCCUUCAAACGAUUGAGUGUGAGUUGAAACAGCAAACUAAUACAGAGGUCUAUCAGGAACAGCUGAGACAUAUGGAGGAGAGCCUGUCUAAACAUCGUCAGUCCAUAGAGGAACGGAAGCGUUUGAAAUUCCAUAGAGAUGAGGCUGAUUACAACACUGGACGCAUCUACAGGUGGCAGCGCGAGUCAGGCACAACCUGGACACCUAGGGGUCCUAGGCGAGAGGGCCCACAGCAGGACUUGCGCUCCAUGCGUUCCACACGUCCCACGUGGUCUCCAGCAGGGGCAGGUCCAUCUCGAUCCCCACAAGGACAAGGAGGGGUGGUAGGAGACACCGGAGGGCGGAAGGACCGCAGACAGCAGCCACAACGCAGAGCACGGACUUUCAAAAAACGUUGGUAAUCAAUAUUUCAUCUCAUACCUUUACAUCAGAAGAAAUGUGUUUAUUAAGCAAAGGGCUUUCAUUUAGUCCUGUAAGGGGCUGUGAUACUUUUCAAUUGGACAUAGAUUUGGAACGGUUUUUUCGUAAUUUGAGAUUGAAAUCCUUUUUUUCACAACCUACUUUUAAGGAAUUGGAAAAAGGGGCAUGUAAUGAAAGUAAUUUACAAUUAACCCUUAAGAAGGUGGGUUUACGAAAUAAAAGUAAUUUUAUUCCCCCUACAUCAGAUCCAAUUGUAGAGACAUAUGUUAAAUUAGUUAAGUCUGAUAUAAGGGAACUUAAGUCACGGUUGAAGUUAAAACCCCUUUUGAAUACCAGACACAACUUAACCAAAAAUGAAAAGAGACAUUUGUCGGAUAUAUUAUCAUACAAACAGGUGAUUGUUAAACCUGCAGAUAAAGG